GAAAUUUACGCGGAUUAUUGUUGAAUUGUCAGGGAGUAGACGGUGAUUUUUCUCUGCUUUAUGAAGGAUAGAUGGAUCGGCAACAGAGCAGAAAAUAUCCGAUGUCGAUCGGAAAGAAAGACACAGCUCGCUUGCUCAUUCAUCACCUCAGCCUCGGCGGAGGCGUCGACACCGUCCGUCGAAUGUUCUACGUCGUUGUAGUCUCGUUGGUGCUCUGUUUUCUGCUCUUGCUUCCGGGCGAAGUAAGCUCGCCGGCGGGGACUGCGUUGACCAGCUCCGGCUGCGACGGGCGUUAUAUCUUUGUUCAGGAGCUUCCAGCGCGUUUUAACGUUGAUCUCCUUCGAAACUGCUGCGUGUUCAGCCGCUGGGCCGGCGACGCCUGCCACUUGGCCGACAACGGCGGUUUUGGCCGCGGCCUCGGCGGCGACUGGUACGCUACUGACCAGUUCACGCUGGAACUCAUCUUCCAUAGUCGCAUGCGGCAGUAUGAGUGCCUCACGGACGACCCCGACCGCGCCGCCGCCGUGUUCGUGCCGUUCUACCCCGGGAUUGAAAUGGGGCACCACCUUUGGGGAUCCAAUGUCUCCGUGCGCGACGCGGCGCCGCUGGAGCUCGCUCAGUGGCUCCGGUCGAGGCCGGAGUGGACAAAGAUGGGCGGGAGGGACCACUUCAUGGUCGCUGGGAGGAUUACGUGGGACUUCCGGCGGUGGACGGAGGAUGGCGAUUGGGGCAGCAAGCUGCUGUUGCUGCCCGAGCUCAAGAGCAUGACGACGCUGAUUAUUGAAUCGAGUCCAUGGCACCGCAACGACAUGGCGAUUCCCUACCCGACGUACUUCCACCCUUCCACGGUAGCCGAGCUCACGGCGUGGCAAAAUAGAGUCCUGAAACAAAGCCGACCGUGGCUCUUCUCCUUCGCAGGCGCGCCCCGGUGGCGGCCGCCCAAUUCCACUGCGUCCCUCCGCGACCUCUCCAUCGAGCAGUGCCGCGCCUCCGCAAGAUGCAAGCUGCUCGACUGCGCUGGUGAACGGGCUGGCUCGUGCUUCUCCCCUCGCCGCAUCAUGGCUCUCUUCGAAAGCUCUGUCUUCUGCCUUCAGCCGGUGGGUGACUCCCCCACGCGGCGCUCGACCUUCGACGCCAUGGUCGCCGGAUGCGUGCCGGUAUUCUUCCACCCCGGCUCCGCCUACACGCAGUACGCAUGGCACCUGCCGCGGGACUACCGGAGGUACUCGGUGUUCCUGCCGGAGGAGGUGGUGAGGCAGGGGAACGAGAGUAUCGAGCUGGCGCUUCGAAAAAUCACGGCGGAGGAAGUGGCGGCGAUGAGAAAGGAGGUCGUGGGCAUGCUUCCGAGGCUGGUGUACGGUGAUCGCCGGAGAGGAGCGGCGGAGUUCGACGAUGCGUUCGAUGUGGCUGUGGAGAAGGUGAUCGAGAGGGUGCAGAAGCAGAGGAAGCAAAUCACAGAAGGGACCGCAGACGCCGUGGCCGAAGAAAAGUAUACGUGGAAGCAGAGUCUGGUGAGUACAAAUCUGGGUGAAGACGAGUGGGAUCAUUACUUUAGCCACUGGGGAUGAAGAAGAAUUAUUUUAUUUUUAAAAUUUUACAUUAAUAAUAAAUUUGUAGCCAUUUUUUAAUUUCUUGGAUAAUGUUUUUUCAAAUGAGAUAGAUUUGAUAGGCUAAGCGAUGUUUUGUGUGUAAUCGUGAGUAAUGUAUAGACGUGGUGUUGUCAGCU